AUGACGAAGAGAACGAAGAAGGUCGGCAUCACCGGCAAAUACGGCACCAGAUAUGGUGCUUCGUUGCGAAAGCAAGUCAAGAAGAUUGAAAUUCAGCAACAUUCCAAGUACACAUGCACAUUCUGCGGCAAGGUGACCGUGAAGAGACACUCUACCGGUAUAUGGAACUGUCGGUCAUGUGGGAAGACGAUCGCGGGAGGAGCAUACACCGUGUCGACCCCAGCCGCCGCAGCGACGAGAUCGACCAUCAGGCGUCUGCGUGAGAUCGCGGAGGUCUAA